GAAGCAGAGAGGAAGAAGAAAAACAGAGUAAUCGUAUUAGUUUGCGAGAGACAAGGCAGAGACUUUGAGAGAAUUUCGAUAAUGGCGUUAGCUUUUACCUCAUCUUCUUCAACUGCGAUUUCUGGUUCCAAUUUUGCACGUUCUGGUGCCUCGCACGAGCUUAAAGUUUUGCAGAUUGGUUCGUUCCGGGUAUCGGACCGGCCGCGUGCUUCGAAUCCGUCUCAUCGACGGUUGUCUGUGAAGGCGGUGAAUGCAGAGCCCAAACGGAGCGAUUCGGUUGCUUCUCUUGCAGCGAUCGCCCUUGCUGCAUCUGCUGAAUUGGAAGAAAGAGUAGAGGUGGAGGACUAUGGUCAAUUGGCCAAGGAGCUCGACAACGCAUCUCCCCUCGAAAUCAUGGAUAAAGCCUUAGAAAAAUUCGGCAACGACAUUGCUAUUGCUUUCAGUGGUGCUGAAGAUGUUGCUCUGAUAGAGUAUGCACAUUUAACUGGUCGGCCUUUUAGAGUGUUCAGCCUGGAUACUGGUAGGCUGAACCCAGAAACUUAUCAAUUCUUCGACAAAGUUGAGAAGCACUAUGGCAUCCGCAUUGAGUACAUGUUCCCUGAUGCCGUGGAAGUUCAAGCCUUAGUAAGGAACAAGGGCCUGUUCUCUUUCUAUGAGGAUGGACACCAGGAGUGCUGCCGUGUGAGGAAGGUGAGGCCUCUUAGGAGGGCUCUUAAGGGGCUUCGAGCCUGGAUCACUGGCCAGAGGAAGGAUCAGUCCCCUGGUACCCGGUCUGAAAUUCCCGUUGUCCAGGUUGACCCAGUGUUUGAAGGUCUGGAUGGUGGAGUUGGCAGCCUAGUGAAGUGGAACCCGGUGGCAAAUGUUGAUGGCAAAGACAUCUGGAACUUCCUUCGAGCCAUGAACAUUCCUGUGAAUUCAUUGCACUUACAAGGAUAUGUCUCAAUUGGUUGUGAACCAUGCACAAGACCAGUCCUUCCAGGGCAGCCUGAGAGAGAAGGACGAUGGUGGUGGGAGGAUGCCAAGGCGAAGGAGUGCGGACUUCACAAAGGAAACCUUAAACAGGAUGAUGCAGCCCAACUUAAUGGCAAUGGAAAUGGAGCUGUCAAAGCCAACGGAACUGCCACAGUUCCUGAUAUUUUCAACUCACAGAACUUGAUCACCUUGAGCAGGACUGGAAUUGAAAAUUUGGCGAAGCUUGAAGACAGAAAAGAACCAUGGAUUGUUGUGCUCUAUGCACCAUGGUGCCAAUUCUGCCAAGCAAUGGAAGGAUCAUAUGUUGAUUUGGCUGAGAAGUUGGCAGGCUCAGGGGUUAAAGUAGGGAAAUUCAGAGCUGAUGGUGAACAGAAGGAGUUUGCUAAGCAAGAGUUGCAGCUUGGAAGCUUCCCCACCAUACUGUUUUUCCCUAAACACUCUUCUAGCCCAAUCAAAUACCCCUCUGAGAAAAGGGAUGUUGAUUCAUUGAUGGCUUUUGUAAACGCCCUCCGAUGAUUGAAUCCUGCACCAAGCGCUCAGUUGAUCAUAUGAUGAUAGGAUCCCAUUCAUUAUCAUGAAUGAGGGUGCAAUUGAUAAUAAGAUUACAGGAUCCCAUUCAUUAUCAUGAAUGAGGAUGCAGCAACCUCGAUGGAAUAUAGAUGAAAGGUGGUUAGGCUUCAUCAGAUUUGGUGUCUGUAGUUUUUGUUUCUACUCAGUUAAGCAAGAAUCUUUGUUUUGCUAGAGUUUUUGUCCAUUGUAGCAAAUGAAGGGUCAUAUUUUGUCUUUGUGGUCUUAAUAUCAAAAGUUAGGUUGCUACCAGUUUCUUCACCAGCAAUUCUAUGCUCCUUUUAUAGCUUAAGGAAAUUCAAGUACUUGGUUGCAACAAUGGCAAGGCUCUAUCUGUUUGGAAUA